AAGAGACACUCUAGAUUUCCUAUAAGUGGUUAAUCAGGUUCAGUACAUUUGAUACUUUAUCCAAUCUGUAGGGUGACAUCGGAUACCCUGGUAUUAGGUACCACUCUCAUCAGUCUACCUGAAAUGAUUACCUACAAGUAUUGAGCAACAAAGAGUGGUUCAGGGAGUGUAAUGGGGGGAGAGAGGCGAAUCACUGUUAUACAGCUCAAAGUCUUCAUAAUUCAAAUCAACAACAACGAGUUAUAGUAUCAAAUAUUUUUCCUUCGUAAAUACGUCUUUCAAAAACAAACGAAAAAUCGAAUGAUAACUACCUCGUUUCCCAUCUGUACCAAGCAUGCGCCCUGAGCUGUGCCUAUCCUUCAAACCUUCCAGACAAACAAAACAAACCUCCGGAGAAAAGCUUUUUCCCCCAACAGCAGACAAUGGAACCCUAUCGCAAUGCAAUCAACGAUCCGCACCAGUGUCGACUAUGUUUGCGCGUUUGUGACGAUACCUUCCUGGAGAGUAUCUUCUCCGAGAAAGAGUACAGCAUUGCCCAUCAGAUCUUCGAGUGUACCUCGAUAAGGGUGAACAAGCAGGACAAUCUGACGAAAAUCUGCAGGAAUUGUGCUACGCUGCUAUUCAUCACCACGGAGUUCAGGAACGCGUGCUUCAAAACGAACCGCCUGCUGAUGGAGGACUUUGUGAUACUGGAGGUGGGCGAGUGGACCGAGGAGAGCAGCCGACGUAUGCUCGUGGACUGCACGGAACUGAUUGUGAAGCACAAGCAGCAGGUGGAUUAUUUGUAUGCAAGUAUUGUGCCAGACUCGGAAGCUUACCUAGCUGGGUCGUUAGAAAUUGAGCGGGAAAUAUUCAAUUCAGUUAGCAGCGAGAAAGAUCAUCGUUUAACGCUCCAGAAUGAGGAUGUAGACGGACGAGCGGAGCCGGGUUUGGAUAUUACUGAAGAAUGCGAACCAGAAGAACCAGACCCCGAAAUAAUUAAGGAGAUAACCAAGUUUCUCGAAGGACAACAGACGAAGAAAAAGGACGGCCUUUGUCAAAUAUGUUCUUUGGAUGCCCCAUACGUUCAGUCUGAAGACGGGUUUCGAGGAUUGGAAAGUUACUUCAAAAGUUUGAGUAAGGGUACCCCAGAUUUGAGGGUUUGUGAGUUCUGUCAGCAGAUAUUGGACAUGAUAAUUCUUUGGCAGAGCUUGGUUCGAAGGUUUAGCUCAAAAUCAUUAAAUGCGAAGGCUUUAAUUAAGCUUAAUGCAAUAAAAGGCAUCCAGCGUCAUUUGCUCAUCCAAAUACGGUUGCUAAAUAGGCAGUUAGGGAAUGGAACUUUGACGCUGCAAUCUUCCGCAAACAAAGCUGGAAUAUCCAAACGGAGGAAAGUCAUCUGUAGUAUAUGUGGAAAACAAAUUGAUAGUUGGAAAAUGAAGGCGCACUUGAACGACCAUGAGAAUAAGAAACCUCAUGCUUGCGAUCAGGUCGGAUGCAGCAGUGCUUUCAGCGGUACCGAUUUAUUGAAUCGACACAAAAAAAUCUGGCACUCGGAUUAUUUCUAUAAGAGUUGUCCUACCUGCGGGAAGAAGUGUAAAACACAGGAAAUAUUCAAGACACAUGUUUCCUACCACGAAGAACCGAGUCUUCCAUGUGAAAUCUGUGGAAAACUACUAAGAAAUAGACGCAGUAUGUGGAAGCAUAUGAAGUAUCACGAUAAACCGGAGGAUCGAAAGCAUGUUUGUGACAUAUGCAAUAAACGCUUCGCAGUUGCGUACACGUUGCGCGUCCACAAGCGUAUCCACACGAACGAGAAGCCUUUCAGCUGCCCGCACUGCGAGAAACGGUUUCAAUACAAAUGUUUGUUGAAGAAUCAUACGGAAAAAAGUCACCAGAGCAAUACACAAGUAGCAAAUAAAUAAUGAGCAUAUUGUGGAAUAGUGAUGGGUCCCCAAGAAAUUUAUCGGACUAAGAAUUAAAAAUUCUGCAGAAUGGAAGCGUUGCGAUUUAAUUGAUAACAUUUUUAAAAAAAAUCUUUGUUCUAUUGAACAGAAAGUCAUUGCAUUUGAUCCCGCGCACACCUAUUGAAAAUA